CCUAUGCUCGGGUUAAUCCUGUAGGAAAUAUGAUGGACUUCCCACUGGGCCAGACCCUUGGCUGCCUGAGAGGUACAGCCUGGAAGAACAGGGAAAGCCACAGGACUGCAAGGACAGGUGCCAGCAAGAAAAGUGGCCAUGCCAGGAAGAUACCCACGGUGAGAGGUGCAGAUUGCCCAAGGGACUACUCAGCAGCCCCCCGGGGCCGGCUGGGCAUCCCCUGCUGCCCUGUGCACCUCAAACGCCUUCUCAUCGUGGUCGUUGUGGUGGUCCUGGUCGUCGUGGUGAUUGUAGGGGCCCUGCUCAUGGGUCUUCACAUGAGCCAGAAACAUACUGAGAUGGUCCUGGAGAUGAGCAUUGCGGGGCCGGAAGCUCAGCAACGCCUGGCUCUGAGUGAGCGUGUGGGCACCACUGCCACCUUCUCCAUUGGCUCCACUGGCAUUGUAGUGUAUGACUACCAGCGGCUCUUGAUUGCCUACAAGCCGGCACCAGGAACCUACUGCUACAUCAUGAAGAUGGCUCCGGAGGCCAUCCCCAGUCUUGAGGCUCUCACUAGGAAAUUCCAGAACUUCCAGGUGAAGCCUGAAGUGCCUCCCGCUAAGCUGAGCCAGGAGAAAGGCCAUGACACUGGCUCAGCAUCCAAUGGGGACCUGGACUUCCUAGGCAACACCGUGAACACCCUGUGUGGUGAGGUGCCCCUCUACUACAUCUAGGAUCCUUCAGGGCAUGCGGAAGCCCCAAGGGGACAGGAAAGAUCCAUGAGCAAAAGGUCUUUUGCAGACAGGCAGGGAGCUGCUCCUGCCACACACACUACAGGAACUGGCCCUAGAGAAAUGGGAAUCUGUGGGGAGAGGUGGGAGGUGGGAACAGUCCGAUGAGAGGUGGCUCCUAGGGAUCAGAGGGCUCCUACCACAAGAGAAUAAAGCA